AUGAUGCCCGCAGUGCAAACCGCCAGCACAACGGCCCCCUCCGCGGCCGACUCUACCACGGCACCGAGCGAUGCUGUUCCCGUUCACCCCGCUCCGCCGGCUACCGCUCCCAGCUCCUCAGCCCCGCCCGUUCCCGCCGCGACCGCCGAGACGACCGCUCCGGUGUCCCCGCAGAUGGAUCAGACUCCCGAGCCGGAGCUGCCCCGUUCCCACCGCCAAGCUGCCCAGCCCCCCCCUGCUCUGAUCCCUCGUGUCCUCCCGAUGAGCAGCCGCCACGUGGUUACCCUGACCUUCCCCGAGGCCGGAGCCGACGCUAUCCGAGCCACCCUUUUCUCCAAGAUCCGCGCGAAGCUGAGCCCGUCUCUCUUCGACUGCGGCUUCAUUCCUGAUGCCCGCCCUACUAACGGAGAAACCCUGCGCUUCGCCGGGCGGGCCUAUGCAUCGAUCUGCUACUCCUGGCCGACCAAGCAGUCUGCUGACGAAUUUCUCCCCAUCUUCAACCACCCCAUCGAGCUCUCCCCCGGCCGACACAUCUUCGUCAAGCCGUAUGUCGACCCUCAGCCCGAUUUCACGAAGGCCAAAGCAAAUGGCGCCCCAGUCCUCUCCCUGCACAAGGUCCCGGCCCGCUUUGAGGAGUCGGUUCUGCUCGCGUACCUGGUCCCCGAAUGUCUGGCGGGUAUCGCCCACUUCCACCGCAUGAAAGAUCCCUAUGACGGGGUCUUCCUCCCCAUCAUGACAGGCAUCCCCACCCCCCUGCCGGAUGACCCCAACUUCCUCAACAUUCCGGCCCUGAUCCCCUCUGGCGGAGGUGCCUUCGGAGCUUGCGCCGCGUCCAACGCCUUCCGCGCCGACCUCGGCCUCCUAUUCAUCGGCACGGAUCUGGACGUCGAACCUUGGACCUGCGUGUCCUGCAACUUCGAAUGCGGCCCGGCGCUGGACAGCGCGCUGAAGCACAUGGAGUCGGCACACCACCGCGCCCAGCUGCUCGCCAACGCGCACAACACCGCUGCCAAGGAGACUUACCUCACCUGGAGCUUUGCUGCCCUCCUGAAGAAGGGAGGAAUCGAAGCCUUCCUCAAGAAGCUGAAGACUACGACCCGUGCUUAG